CAAGUUCCAAUAUAUUUUGAUCCCCCGUUUCCAAAACCCAAGCAAACCCCUUGUUCUCGCCGCUUCCCCUCCUGUCCCGACCAUGGCGCCCGGUGCCCUAGCCCGCCUCAUCAUCGGCCGCCGCGCAACAGGCCCACUCCUAGCUCGUCCCUUCGCCGCCAAGGCCCGAGCGUCGCGGCAGGCGCCGGAGCCAGAGCCCCUGUCGGAGGAGGAGGAGGACGACUUCUCUGGCGGCGUGGAGGCCGCCCCAACCGAGGGCAUCAGUAAGCCGCUCGCCGAUGUCCUCAGGGAGCUCGGGAAGAGGGUUCCCGACUCCCUCGUGAAGACCCGCCUCGAGGACAAUGGCUUCGCUCUCAAAUACAUCCCAUGGCACAUUGUUAACAAAAUUCUUAAUGUGCAUGCUCCAGAAUGGUCCGGGGAGGUUCGCAACAUUAUCUACUCAUCUGAUGGGAAAUCUGUAUCUGUUGUGUAUCGUGUAACUCUCCAUGGAACCGAUGCAGAGAUCUACAGAGAGGCUACUGGAACUGCUUCUGUUCAAGAUACAGGCUUUGGAGAUCCUGUUCAGAAGGCUGAAGGAAUGGCUUUUCGUCGAGCUUGUGCCCGUCUUGGUCUUGGACUUCACCUCUAUCACGAAGAUAUGUCAUAGAUGCUUACUGUUGAUUGUUUGUGGUGUGAACUUCUGCAUGUCUUUUGGUUCGCAGAUGCUUGUCCUUCAGUAGGCUACCCUUUGGUGCCGGACAUGAUAUGAAUGUGCCAGCAUAUAAAACUAAGUAUUUUAGAUUGCCUUGUAGGUAACUAUAUGUAAGCCACUAAGACAGUUGAUGUUCUGAACUGUAUGCUUAUUGUGAACCAGCAUGUUCUUCCAUUUUCUAUGUUUCUUGCUCCCGCA